GCAUCGCUAGAUGAAAAAAACUUUUUUUAUUCCAAGCUCGUUUGAGUGAGUAAUUCAAGGUUUGAGGGCUUCUUACGAUCAGUUAUUCGCGGAUGCUUGAACAGUUAGAAUACGACCGACGAGAUGCCGUUUCCAUUCAGAUUUUGUAUUUUUCUCUUAAGUUAUUUAGCGUUGGUGAAUUUUACGUCAGCGGAAUAUAGGCAAGAUUUAUGCUUGAAUGGAUCACUUGACGACGAAGGGAAGUGCAUUUGUGGUGAGGGAUAUGUCAAAUUCGAAGGGAAUUGCUUCCUUGCGAGAAACCCUCCAUUAGGUGAUUCACAUGUUCGGACGCGAUCGAACAGUUUUUGUCCUCCGGGUUAUAAUAUAGUGAAUGGUCGGUGCCAGCCGACGGUCUGUAAGGGAACAUUGUGUGGUAGUUCCUGUCCGCCUGGUUAUGAGCUAAAAAACGGUUUUUGUGAAAUUCCCAAUCCGGACUGUCCCCCUGGAACAACAUUUCAAAAUGGAUUUUGCUACUUUCAAUCAAUAACACCGAGAACGGAAACCAUCAAACCAAUCGAAAAAGUCGAGGUAGUACCGCCAUUGCGUGUCGAUAUUCCCAUACCGGAGUUUCCGCUAGAUCCGCUUGAUCCAAAAGAGCCUGAACGUAAGCCUUCAAAUUGUACACUACCGGUAGAGAAUUUGGUGAAUAAUGUUAAUCACGUAACUUCACCAGCCAAUACUAGUACGCAUAAUGUAAACAACGUAUACAUCCACCUCACGCGGACAAAAUCGAACGGAGCGUUUAAGGCUGUAGUGAUAAGGAACAAUGAAACUACAGUCUACGAGGAAAGACCGUCGACGAAGCAACCGGAAGAGGAACAGCACGAUGAUGAGGAAGAUUCAUCCACAGAAGAGCCGAUGGAUUCGGCUAGCCGUUGUUGUAUCGUUGUUUCACCGAGGAUUUGUCGCAAGCAGGAACCUGAUGAGUGGGUCUGCUUCCAUCGGAAACACUACCACUGUGGAAGCUUUUGCACGGCAGAAAUCGUUUACUUGAGACCACGGAGACCGCAGGUGAUGAACUCUUUCCUUGUAAUGCCACCGGCAAUGAAUUAUCCGCCGAAAAUGCUGUACGGAGUUUGUAGAUGGGGCCAAUGCCCCCGUCUUGAUUGUUCCGGUUGUUUACACGGAAGUUAUCGCUGUCACAUUAACUGUUAUACGUAUGACUGUGCUCAGGAGGAUGGGUGUCAUUUUGUGAACCAAGAGGAUUUCUGUGACAGUGACAGGAAUGAUGAACUUUGCACAUCUGUUCAGUGAUUGAAGAGUGAAAUUGUUGUUUUCUGUUUUAAAUUAUUAAAUAUCUUGCUAAAUAAGAAAAAUGUUUUGCGUUUUACAGGGUUGUUGCGGCCUUCAACUGUAUAAGUUAUUUAAAUCGGAUUUCGCAUUGCUUCUUCUCUCUUCCAGUAGUAUGCGUUUACGGGUAAUGUGAAAAAAAAAACAAGGUUUAGUGACAUUUAAUGUUACAUACUACAUCGGAAAUCACAUGGUUUGUAAAUUCAACACUGAUAGUUCUGUUACGUACGUUGUUUUCAUAAAUGCCAAAAAAUAAUCAGAAGAACUAAGCAUAGUACCACAUCUAUAA